UUAAUGGUGCUGGAAAUGGAAGAGCAGCAAUUCCAGCUCCCAAAAGUGUGUUGGGGAUUUGGGAAAAUGGGUACCAUUCUCACACUGAUGAUGCUUUUAUGCUUAUGCCUUACCACCAAUUCCCAUGAAGCAGCAAGAAUUAUUGAACAGCAACAACAACAAGAACAAGAAGAAGAAGAAAGACAAGAUUUUUCUUCAAAACCCAAUUGGAAUAACAACAACAACAACAACAACAACAGGCGAGUGAUAGAUGUGAAGGGUGGUCCUGAAUCAGUGGUGUGGGUGGUUCAGCUCUCUGAUCUCCAUUUCAGUGUCCACAACCCUGACAGGGCACUUGACUUCAACACCAUUGUGGGCCCUGCUCUCUCCAUGAUCAACCCUUCCCUUGUCCUCAUCACUGGUGAUCUCACAGAUGGGAAAAGCAAAGAUUUGUUAACAAUGAAGCAAAAUGAGGAGGAGUGGGUGGAAUACCAGAACACAAUGGAAGAUGUUAUAAAAAGGAGUGGACUUGACAAGAAUAUCUUCUUUGACCUUAGGGGGAAUCAUGAUAAUUUUGGUGUGCCAGCUGUUGGUGGUUCAUUUGAUUUCUUUUCAAAAUAUAGCAUCAACGGGCAGUUAGGCAGACAUGGAAAUGUCAACAGUGUCACUCUGCAGACUAGUGAGCAGAAACAUCUCUUUGUCGGCUUUGACAGCACAAUGUCCUUUGGAUUACGAGGUCCAACUAAUCUUUUUGGGCAUCCUACUGAUCAACUAUUAGCAGAAUUAGAUUUGGAGCUCUCGCAGUGGAAUUCUCAAUCAAUAAAACCAGUGACCAAGAUUUCCUUUGGGCAUUUUCCACUUUCAUUCUCAGCAUCCUCAAAUUCUGGAAAGAGCCUAAAAGAUAUUUUCCUCAAGCAUUCACUAUCAGCUUACCUAUGUGGGCAUCUCCACACUAGGUUUGGUAAGAAUUUGAAGCGGCACCACCAGUCUAUUCAUCAUUUUUUGUCCUUACCAAAGCUUUUACAGUUUAAUAUUCACCAAAUGCCUUCUGGAAGUACUGUAAAUUGUUCUUUUGAAGCCCUGCCAGUUGAAGAAUUCUGGGAGUGGGAGAUGGGUGACUGGAGGAAGAGUAGAGCAAUGCGAAUUUUAGCCAUUGAUAGAGAUCAUGUUUCAUACAUUGACAUUGACUUUAAGUCGGGAACCAGAAAUACAAUUGUAUUGCCCACAUUUCCACUAGACUCACGCUUAAUGUCAACAUCUUUAUCACGUCGCAUGUAUGAAUGUCAAAUUAUGCUCCCAUCAUCUUAUGACUCAGUUAGAGCUCUGGUAUUUUCUGUUUCUCCAAUUGUGUCAGUCAUGGCUAGGAUUUUUGACACCUUACCUGGAAAUCUCUAUUUGGUCUGGGAGUCAUCUAUGACAAAGCUUGUGGAUAACACCUCCAGGGGAGAUCUUUAUACUGCUCCAUGGAAUUACAAAGUAUUUGAGGACCCAUCUCCUGAUAGAUAUUGGUUGCAAAUUGAAGUGACUGACAUCUUGGGCAGAUCAACUUUGACUGAAUUGAGGCCAUUUUCUGUUAAUGGUCUAAGUGCAAAGCUCUCCUGGACAUGGAAGGAAUUUUAUAUCAUGGGUUGUCAAUGGGCUGCCUUGUAUAACCCAAUACUAUGGUCUACUCUUUAUUUUAUAUUCUUCAUUCUUCUUACUCCUAAAGCUCUUCUCAUUUACUCAAAGAAGCAGUAUACUUUCAAGACUUUCAUUGCUAAUAAAGGUUUCAUAAAUGGUAUAGCAUGGGUUUUACAAGAGUUGUGCAGGGUUCCCAUAUUAUGGUAUGGUAUGUUAGGAUACUUGCUCCAUCUUAUAUUUCUCCCCUGGUUUAGUGGGCAAGUUUUCUCGGAUGGCAAGGAUAGGGCAUACAUGACUUAUAUGGGCUGGGUGGUUAAAAGUUCUGAUGGAAGGGGAAAACAUGAGUAUGUUGGAUCUCCAGAUAUUAUGGUGGUGGUUCUUCCCCAUCUAUUCUUUGUGGUUUUGCCUUCCAUUUUGGUCAUUGGAUUUUUGGCUGCUGAAAGAGCGAUCUAUAGGGAAUACUUUCUAUUGCUUUCAGGAAAGAAAGAGGAUGAUUUUGAUCAGGGAAAAAUGAGUUUUCUAUUGUAUGGUUACCAAGGCAUUCAAAAUUCAAAAUUUCAUUUUGGCAAGCGAUGGAUACGAAAACUACUCUUGGUGGUAUGCUUGGCAAUUUGUUGGAUGCAUUUUAAGAGUUGCAGAGUCUUGGUUAAAGCUUACGAGAUGAACCCAUUGAUUCAUUUUCCGGGAUAUAGCUUUUCAAUCCCACUAUUAUUGGCAUAUGCUGUCUACAAGAGCAGGAAUAUCUAAUGAGCAUUUGCAAGGAGUAGACAUAUGCUUAACCUUAUCAAGUUUUGGUGGAUUAUAUUAGAAGCAGUAUUCGAUAUUUAGAUGUAACAGCAAAUGUGGUUACAAGUCACCAUAACUGCAGUAGAUUGAUGCUUUGGGCUUUGAAAUGGAAUGACCCCACACACAAAAAAAAGAAAAAAAAGAAAAAGAAAAAAAGAAAAUGAUGUGAAAUUAUUAGCUACCAGAAAAUUAGGUCAAUGUCCUACAACUACUUAUUCAUCAUCUGUACCACAUUAUAUCUGUUCUUAUCAUCAAUGGAUAAGCUUUUAGCCGCUCCCUAAUCAAAUUUCGCAAUGAUAGUAAUCAAAGAUUAGACUCAAUAUCUUGGUCAUUA